AUGUCGGCGUUAAAUAUGAGGAAGGUCACUGGUUCGUUGGCGACGACCGCAGUGACCUUCAGUCUUGUGCGUCAGCGUCCUUCUCGACCUCCGGACUUCCUUCUCCUGCUGCGUCCCCUCUCACUUCCUGUGUGGCUGGCGAGCGUUGUCUUAGCUGCAAUAUUUACUGCUAUUCUCAUGGUAUUUGGACAUCUAAAGCCCGUUAUUCUACGCCACAUUGCUGAGGACGAAAUAACUUCAAAACGCGACCUCUUUGAUGUUUCGGCACUUGGCGUGGCCUCCACUUUUACACUCACAAAACUACAGAUCAUUCCCACAACAUUAUCAAGUAGAGUGUUCGCUCUCACAAUGUGGAUGUUCUCCUACCUCCUCCUCGUUGUCUACGCCAGCGCCAUGAUGACCAUCCUACUGAGAGUUCAUAAACCGUCCAGCGCAGACACCUCGGCAGAAGAGGUUCUCAAGCACACCACUGAAAACACGUAG